AGCCGCGGAAGUUCAAAAUAGCAAGACUGGACUCGUUAAAAAAAAUCAUAUUACGAUUACGAUGCAGAAUAAGGAAAAUUAUGAGCCGAGAAGCAUGGUGUCAGGUCCACAGCAUGCUCAGGUGAAGUCACGGGCAGAGAUGGACAGAAGUGCCAUCACAGGCCCUGGGAGAGAGUGUGUUAGCUCCAGUUCAGCCUCAAAGAAGAUCUCCCUGGAAGACUUUGACAUCGGUCGACCACUAGGAAAGGGCAAAUUUGGUAAUGUUUACCUUGCCAGGGUGAAGAAGCUGCAAGCCGUCGUGGCACUGAAGGUGUUGUUCAAGUCACAGAUGGAAAAGGAGGGCGUGGAGCAUCAACUCAGGAGGGAGAUUGAGAUUCAGGCACAUCUCAAGCACCCAAACAUCUUGCGCUUCUACAAUUAUUUCCAUGACCGGAAAAGAGUGUUUUUGGUGCUUGAGUACGCCCCACGUGGUGAAAUGUACAAGGAACUACAGAGAUGUGGAAGAUUUGAUGACCAGCGUACUGCCACAUACAUGGAGGAGAUCUCUGAUGCCCUGAUGUAUUGCCAUGAGAAGAAAGUGAUUCAUCGUGACAUCAAGCCAGAGAAUCUGCUUCUCGGCUAUCGCGGAGAGCUGAAAAUUGCAGACUUUGGUUGGUCUGUCCAUGCACCCUCUCUGAGACGUCGUACAAUGUGCGGGACGCUGGACUACCUCCCUCCAGAGAUGAUCGAAGGCCACACUCACAGCGAGAGGGUGGACCUGUGGUGCAUCGGGGUCCUCUGUUACGAAUGUUUGGUCGGCAACCCACCUUUUGAAACUGCCAGUCAUACAGAAACCUACAAAAGAAUUACGAAGGUGGAUUUGAAGUUCCCCAAAGUGGUCUCAGAUGGUGCACGGGACCUGAUCUCCAAGCUGCUCCGUCACAACCCCAUUGAUCGUCUCUCACUACAGAGUGUCAUUGACCACCCGUGGGUGCGGUCCAACUCCCGCCGAGUCCUACCCCCCAUCUGCCCGGCCAAGAAGUCUUGAGCCCACCUGACCUGCCUGCUUCUUGCUUCCACUGAGGGCUGCUUUAUCUGUCCUUCACAACAGACUCUGGGCCAGCAUAUUUUGGUCUCACUGCUAGGGGCUUCAAACUGCCAUUACUCUGGCACAUUUUAUCAUGGGUAUAAAUGCAUACCCACUUUUUUCAUCUGCCCCGAAUCGUUAUCGGCCAAUUUUAAGUAAAAAAUAUGCAAUUGAGAGAUCAUGAUUAAAACUCCCAUGUCAACGAUCGUGCAGAGGCAGGGGGGUUGGUUAUCAGUGACUAGCAAAUCACUGACUACUCGACUUUCCUACGUGUGUUUUCUAGGUGAUCCAAAGGGACUCUGAUUUGUUAAUACCUCACUAGAACUGAAUUGCCACUCCUGCGAAUGGAGAGAGAUUCCACUGUCUAUGGCAGUUCUCUUCUGGACUUACUUUAGACUUACUUGUUGCAUUGCUCCUUGAGAGUUCUUUGUACUGCCCUGUUGAUUGAACAGGCUGAGUAAAAGCAUGUUGUUGACAGAAUAAGAAACUAAUUCCGCGGCUUCCGCACUAAAAGAUUGACUUUUAGUGUUUUUGUUUUUUUCUACUUUGUACUGUACAGUCGCACAGCAUUUAUAGCCUUGGUUACACUGCCACCUGGUGGAGAUCUCAAUACACAACCAAAAGCAGUCUAAGUGUACUGCUAGACCAGCUAACAUAACAAAAAACAAUAGACAAUCGGUAUCAGCUGGGAAAAAACAUGAUCGGGGUAUCCCUUGUACAGUGUGAUGUCAGUGUGUUGCUUAAGAUGUUUUGUGUUUAUAUUGUUUUUCUGAAACUUUUGAAAUGUUCAUCUCUAUAAUUUACAGUUUUGACAUUUACAAGUCUCAUUCUGCAAUAAUUGUGGACAGUGUUGGAGGGUUGGGGUGGAAAGUGUUUCAUCUUCCCCCAAGAUGUAGUUUAAAUUUCUAAAAAAUGCUAUAAAAUGAUUUGUGGACAGCUAAAGUUGAAGUUGGAAGCUUACAUGCACUUUAGCCUAAGACAUUUAAACUCUGUUUUUCACAAUUUCUAACAUUUAAUCGUUGUAAACAUUCUGUGUUUUUCGGUCAGUUAGAAUCACUACUUUUAUUUAGAAUAUUAGAGAGAGUGAUUAAUUUCAUCUUUUAUUUCUUUGAUUGUAUCCCCUGUGUCAUGAGUUUAAAUACACACACUUGGUAGCAUUGCCUUUAAAUUGUUUAACUUAGGUCAAACGUUUUGGCUAGCCUUCCACGAGCAUCUCACAAUAACCUGCGGGAAUUUUAGCCUGUUCCUUCAGACAGAACUGGCCUAACUGAGUCAGGUUUUUCAGUUCUGCCCACAAAAGUUCAGUUGAAUUGAGGUCAUUGCUUUGUGAUGGCCACACCUAUACUUUGACUUUGUUGUCCUUGAGCCAUUUUGCCACAACUUUGGCAGUAUGCUUUGGCUCACUGUUGAUUUCAAAGACCGUUUGCAACCAAGUUCCAUCUCCUGGCUGACAUUAUGAGUUAUCGCUUCGAUAUAUGCAGAAAUUUUCCUUCCUCAUGGUGCUAUCUAUUUUGUAAAGUGCACCAGUCCCUUCUGCAGCAAAGCAGGGGGGACUGGGCAAAACAGGCAACUGGGUGAACUCUGAAGUAUGACAUAGUUCUUAUAUAAGUGACCAGGAUCCAUGGUGAAUUAUUACUGGCUAUCAUCAAUUGUUUGUGCUUUAGUUGCAGCAAAUGUAGUGUGAAGGUGCAUUUAGAAGUCAAACUUCUCAGUCUCACCUCUCACGAAUGGCAAUGAGCCACCUGUAUCCUGUUCCUUCAAGAAUGUGUACAUUCAGAAAAUAUAUCUGUCACAAGCAGGUGUUUGGGUUUGUUGUUACAGAAGAACAGCAUAUCAUAUAUUUGAACAAAUCUUUAUCAAGUCAUUAUUGUCUGUUACUUUUUUUCAGAACUUACUAAAAAAGAAUUGGUAAAUGUCUGUUUAUUGUAUGAUUGAGAAAAUACACAGAGGAUCUGUGUCUUUGAAAUGACCUUAUUUAAAAUUAGAAAUG